UCCGAGGCCCCCCACGUCUCCCUUCUCGAUGCUGCUUCUUGCUGGCAACACGUCUGUGCCGUGCGUGCCCAUGUGGGUCGCUAACCAAACGUCUUGGACCUUCUUUGAAGUGACUUUUGCCUUCAGUACCAGGUGUCAACACUAAACUUGCACGAUGUCUUUGAAACCAAGAGUGGUGGAUUUUGAUGAAACCUGGAACAAGCUGUUAACGACAAUCCGAGCCGUUGUCAUGUUGGAGUACGUCGAGAGAGCAACCUGGAACGAUCGCUUCUCAGAUAUCUAUGCUUUAUGUGUGGCCUAUCCUGAACCCCUUGGAGAAAGACUAUAUACGGAAACUAAGGUUUUUUUGGAAAAUCAUGUUCGGCAUUUGCACAAGAGAGUUCUGGAGUCUGAGGAGCAAGUGCUUGUAAUGUAUCAUAGGUAUUGGGAAGAGUACAGCAAGGGCGCAGACUAUAUGGACUGCCUGUACAGGUAUCUCAACACCCAGUUCAUUAAAAAGAACAAGUUGACAGAAGCUGACCUGCAGUAUGGCUAUGGUGGUGUGGACAUGAAUGAGCCUCUCAUGGAGAUAGGAGAGCUGGCACUGGACAUGUGGCGGAGGUUGAUGGUUGAACCUCUUCAGGCCAUCCUCAUCAGAAUGCUGUUGCGCGAGAUCAAAAGUGAUCGUGGUGGAGAAGACCCAAACCAGAAAGUAAUCCACGGGGUUAUUAACUCCUUUGUUCAUGUUGAACAGUAUAAGAAAAAAUUCCCCUUAAAGUUUUAUCAGGAAAUCUUUGAGUCUCCCUUUCUGACUGAAACAGGAGAGUAUUACAAGCAAGAAGCUUCAAAUUUAUUACAAGAAUCAAACUGCUCGCAGUAUAUGGAAAAGGUUCUAGGUAGAUUAAAAGAUGAAGAAAUUCGGUGUCGAAAAUACUUACACCCAAGCUCCUAUAUCAAAGUGAUCCAUGAAUGUCAGCAGCGGAUGGUAGCAGACCACUUGCAGUUCCUGCAUGCGGAAUGUCACAACAUCAUUCGGCAAGAGAAGAAGAACGACAUGGCAAACAUGUACGUCUUACUCCGAGCUGUGUCCACGGGUUUACCUCAUAUGAUCCAAGAGCUGCAAAACCACAUCCAUGACGAGGGCCUUAGAGCAACCAGCAACCUCACUCAGGAAAACAUGCCAACGCUGUUUGUGGAGUCAGUUCUGGAAGUGCAUGGUAACUUUGUUCAGCUCAUCAACACGGUUUUGAACGGUGACCAGCACUUUAUGAGUGCGUUGGACAAGGCCCUCACGUCGGUGGUCAACUACAGAGAACCCAAGUCUGUUUGCAGAGCUCCGGAGCUGCUUGCUAAGUACUGUGACAGUUUACUGAAGAAGUCAGCAAAGGGGAUGACCGAGAGCGAAGUAGAAGACAGACUCACCAGCUUCAUCACUGCUUUCAAAUACAUCGACGACAAGGACGUUUUCCAGAAGUUCUACGCAAGAAUGCUGGCCAAACGUUUAAUUCAUGGGUUAUCUAUGUCUAUGGAUUCUGAAGAAGCCAUGAUCAAUAAACUAAAGCAAGCCUGUGGGUAUGAGUUCACCAGCAAGCUCCAUCGGAUGUACACGGACAUGAGUGUCAGUGCUGACCUCAACAAUAAGUUCAACAAUUUCAUCAAAAACCAAGACACCGUGAUAGAUUUGGGCAUUAGCUUUCAGAUCUACGUCCUGCAGGCUGGCGCAUGGCCGCUGACUCAGGCUCCGUCCUCCACGUUCGCGAUUCCCCAGGAGCUGGAGAAGAGCGUCCAGAUGUUUGAAUUAUUCUAUAGCCAACAUUUCAGUGGAAGGAAACUUACAUGGUUACAUUAUCUCUGCACAGGUGAAGUGAAGAUGAACUACCUGGGCAAACCGUACGUCGCCAUGGUGACGACCUACCAGAUGGCCGUCCUCCUCGCCUUUAACAACAGUGAAGCCGUCAGCUAUAAGGAGCUUCAGGACAGCACUCAGAUGAACGAGAAGGAGCUGACAAAAACAAUCAAGUCGUUACUCGACGUGAAAAUGAUCAACCACGACUCAGAAAAGGAGGACAUCGACGCAGAAUCCUCAUUUUCAUUAAACAUGAACUUCAGCAGUAAAAGAACAAAGUUUAAAAUCACCACGUCGAUGCAGAAGGAUACUCCACAGGAAAUGGAGCAGACAAGGAGUGCCGUCGACGAAGACCGGAAGAUGUACCUGCAGGCUGCUAUAGUUCGUAUCAUGAAAGCGCGGAAGGUGCUUCGGCACAACGCCCUCAUCCAAGAGGUGAUCAGCCAGUCGAGAGCCAGGUUCAACCCCAGCAUCAGCAUGAUCAAGAAGUGCAUCGAGGUCCUCAUAGACAAGCAGUACAUCGAGCGCAGCCAGGCGUCCGCAGACGAAUACAGCUACGUCGCGUAAGGGCGGACGUCGCCGUGGGGUGCGUCCCGUGGGAAGGCGGCCUGGCCCCAUCACCCGGUCUCUCGGCAGCCCCUGUUUCUCUGCUGUUUACAACAUCACCAGUGCCACGUCAUGAGCGUCCAAGAAAAUGCCUAGCGAAUAUUUGAGGCUCAUGUCAUUAGGACAUUCUUAAAACUCUAUCGAAAGAGGGAAUGAAGCGCCGCUGACGUGUGGAAAUCGGGUUGGGUGCCGUGCUUCUCCCCUUCAUGUUUGCAGUUGAUGUGUUUUUUUUUUUAAUGUAUCUUAAAGGACAUAAAAUAAAAACUUAAAUAUUGUAAUAUGACAGAUAACCUAAUAAUUGUAUCUACAUUAAAAUGACAAACAUGAUACUGCUGCUUGUCAA